GGCCGAGGACCAGCUCUGGCAAACACUCAACACAACCCACACACACACUGAUAGACUGACUUAAAAUCAUCAAGAGGAAAGUUAUCCACUGAGAGUAGGAGAGAAGUAGACGGGAAGAAGAAGAAGAGACAUGUGGAGGACGAGCCUGACCUGCUUUCUCGCGCUGCUGCUGGUGCUUGGUGACGCUCAGCAAUUUCUCAGCAGGAGGUCCGCCUCUGUCGUCCUCGCGAGGAGGAGGAGGGCGAACUCCAUGUUCGAGGAGAGGAUGAAGGGGAACCUGGAGCGGGAGUGUGUGGAGGAGCUGUGCAGCAGGGAGGAGGCGCGGGAGGUGUUCGAAAACGAGCCGGAGACGGAAUACUUCUACCCUAAAUACAUUGUGUGUCUGGGAUCUCAUCGCGUCGGCAUCAACCAAAACUCAAACUCUGCAUCUGUACCACCUGACCUACGCACCUGCGUCACAGAGCUCAGUAACCAGUGUUCCCCGUACCCCUGCCAAAAGGCGGGGUCUGAGCGGUGCGUGGAUGGACAGGCCUCCUACAGCUGUGUGUGUCGGGAGGGGUGGAAGGGUCAUCACUGUGAGGAUGAUAUUGAUGAGUGCUCCGACCCAGAGUUCCCUGCGGGCUGCAACCAGAAGUGUAUCAACUUCCCCGGAGGGUUCGAUUGUGCGUGUGAGAUUGGGUACUACCCUCUCGACAAGCUCACGUGCCUUGAUAUCGAUGAGUGCCGCAUGUACCCCAGCAGCUGUGCCGAGCCGGCCAGAUGUGUGAACACGCCAGGGCUGUUCGAGUGUCAUUGUCCUACGGGGUUCAAAUACAACUUCGCCUCCAGAACCUGCUCUGAUGUGGACGAGUGUCUUCUGGCCGUGUGUGACGACGUGUGCGUGAACACGCCGGGGAGCUACACAUGUCACUGUGAGGGGAGGGAAGGGCUGCGCAUGGGAGAGGACGGGCGCACCUGUGAACCCAUCCCCAUCUGCCUCCCGCUCCAAGACCAAACCCACCCUGAGAUGCUCUACCUGGGGGAGCAGUUCAAUGGCCUACCCCUUGUCUACCUGCGCUACCGCCUCGCUGAACACACCAAGUUCUCAGCAGAGUUUGACCUGCGGACCUUUGACCCUGAGGGCGUGGUGCUAUACGCAGAGACCCAGCAGGGCUCUUGGUUCCUGCUGGGGCUCCGGGACGGACACAUCGAGGUCCAGUUCAAGAACCAGCACAGCUACAAGGUCACCAGUGGAGGGAGGGCAGUCAACACUGGAGACUGGCAUGUCAUCUCGGUGGAUGAGCUGGACAGCAGCAUCAGUGUGAAGAUCGGCCGCGAGGCCGUGAUGAACAUCAACAGUCCUGGAAGCCUCUUCUCCUCAGCGGGCGGGAUAAUGGACACCAAGGUCUUCAUCGCUGGUCUGCCAAACGGGACCAACAUAAUCAAACCUAUGAACCCUCGUCUCGAUGGCUGCCUGCGUGGCUGGAACCUGCUGAACCAGGGAUCAUUGGGGAUCAAGGAAUUCAUCCAGGGGAGGAAGAGCAAACACUGCCUCAUCUCCGUGCAAACGGGCUCCUACUUCACCGGAGCUGGCCAUGCACGCUUCAGCAUCCCCUACAGUGGUCAGGUGGAGGUGCGUCUGUCCAUCCGUCCCUCCAGCAGUACCGGUGUCCUCUUCGCCCUGGUCUCCAACCACUCCGCCCCCCUUUCCGUCGCCGUGGUAACGCAGGGAGAACACGAGGCGAGCCUGCAGGUGUUUAUUGAGGGCGUGCCCGUAGCGAGGCUGGACUCCCUGAUGCUGUGUUUCCCGGAUAAGGUGACGGUGGUGCUGAGCUUCAACACCACCCACCUCCUGCUCUCCGGGGACCCCACCUCCCUCACCUCCUACGCCCCGCCCACCACGCUAGGCCCUGCCCUGCAGAGGCUGGCUGUAGCCAUGACGACGCCCCUGGAGACAUACGUCGGGGGGCUGCCCAACGAAGUGCCUCUCUGGACCACUCCGGUCUCAGCCUACUACCACGGCUGUAUGACUGUGCAGGUCAACGGAGGGCUGCUGGACUUCGACGAGGCAGAGGCCAAACACAACAGCAUCAAGUCCCACUCCUGCCCCCCGUUCUCUCCCCCAGACACCCAGCAACACAGGAAGUGACCGCAUCAACCCUUCCUCUCCUCAAGAAUGCUCGUCCAGCAGGUGAUGGUGGAACCUUGUGGACAGCAAGAGGAGGAGCUGUGUAGCUUGAUCUGAACACACCACUGAGCUGGACUUGUGACUGAUUUUUAUCUGGGGUAUUUCGGGACAUCGGGAGAGGUUUAGGCUCCUCCGGGGUAUUUGGGGACAUCUGGAGUAAUUUGGGGACAUCUUUGGUUAUUUGGGGACAUUCUGGGGUAUUUGGGGACAUUCUGGUGUGUUUGGAAUCAUCUCGGGUAUUUGGGGACAUCUGGAGUCAUUUGGGGACAUCUGGGGUAUUUUGCAACAUUUGGGGUAUUUGGGGGUAUGUGGGGACAUCUCGGGUAUUUGAGGACAUUUGAAGCUGGCUGUGAAGUCCUGGUUCUAGUAACAAUUAUGUGGUCUGCGUUUGUGACUUUAUGGGGGACAUGCAUGAAGAUUGUGAAAUUCAAGAAGAAGCAAAUUGACAAGUGAGUGACAUUUGUGGAUUUCCACAAAUGGAAAGUUUAGAAAGACAAUACACAUUGCAUUACAUGUAUUUUAUUGAGCCAAACAAAUGUAUAUUGUUUCGUCAACUAUGAAACCUGUGUGUUAAGCCACGAAUCGGGAUGAGUCAAUUCAUUUGUAAUAUUUAAUUCACUGCAUAAAUCCCGCUAGAGGGCGACCUGGGGCUACAUGGCCGCCGGCUAUAGUGAAGCCUUUUCACUUUAAGGAUAAUUAAUAAUUUGCACGGAAUACUUUCGUAUUUUGACAAACGUGAUCUUCCAAGCGUUUACUUAUUUCCAUUUGUGUUUAAGUCGUUGAAUACAUGUCUUAAUUUCUGUCUAUCACUUUUAAUAAAAAAUGACAAU